GGCGUGGACUUCCUCGUUGCCAGCAGCGCAUCAAGCAACAGAAGUGGUAAUGAGCUCGCCGGCUGUCUGUCUGAACUCGGUUGGAAAGCUGCUUGUCACCUGCUUCUUGUUCCUCCUUUCGCCGCUUCAGGAGAUUCAAAUGGAGGUGUGUCCAUGGAGUCUCACCUGGGCAGGUUGGUCCCAUGUGUCCUGUCCCUGUACCUGUUAAUACACAUGUGCCAGGCUGCACCAGGUCUGCCUGGGACACAAAGGGAGGAAUCGGUCGAUGUCGUAGCACUAGCCAAUCCAUUUAGCUCCGGAGACCGCAGAUUGCUGCACAGUUACAUUCAAUCAAGUCUGAAGGAUGGCCAAGGAGGACCAGAAAUCAGCACUUGGGAGCAAGAGGUGUUCUUCCUGUUUCGUCUUCAUGACUACGACCGCAGUGGGCUGCUGGAUGGCUUGGAGAUGAUGAAGCUACUUUCAGACUAUAACUCCUAUCAUACACCUGGAGCACAGAACAAUGAGCUGGUGGUGUCUAUGGUAGAUUUUUUACUACAGAGUCAGGAUCUAAACCAGGACGGCCUGUUGGCCCCAUCCGAGCUGCUGUCUCCUGCAUUACCUCACACACAGGACUCCAGCAACAACAAUGCACCUCACCAGGAGGCGGCAGCAGAGGAGAAGCUGUCAAACCCCAGUCCUGAUGAGGAGGAGGCUCAUGAGGAGUUGCAGCCUCAAGAUGAAGAACUCAGAAAUCAAGUAGUGGAUGAGCAGCAUGGACAAGACCACAAAGUCCCUGUUCAUCAGGGGCAACCAGAGAUGUGAAUAUAUGCACGUGAGGUCCACAUAAUAAUUGAUCUUGAGUCAGCAGAAGACUGUUGAGUGAGUUAAAAAUAACACUAGGAGGAUCUUUUUAAUCUUCAUCCCCACAAAUCCGCCUCUUGACUAGAAUUUUGAAAUGCUAUUACUGAUUUAAUUUGACUGUUAAACCCAUAGGUGUUUUUUUAAUGAAAAGAUUCACUUAUUGAAAGUAUUCCUGUUACUUUUUAAACCAUUUUUCUACAACCAGUAAUUACUGGUUUUAAUAAUGAAUGCAAUGUUUUCUAUAACUGUAAAAGGGACAUAGGUCCUGAAUUCAAAAUGCAAUAUUACUCAUAUUGGUGAAACGGAAGCCAUCCUUAAUGUGGAUUAGUACAGCACAAUAUUGGUUUUCCAUUUUGUUGCCUACAGUGAUAACAUCAUUUUACAAAUGUAAGUGCAUUUUAUUUUUUUAAAUUAUAUUUAUUUAGCCUUUCUGUUUGGCCUGGGGAAAAAAGCUUAUAUAUUGUUUUUCUCUGUAAUUGUCUUCUUCUUCUUAUUAUUAUUAUUAUUAUUAUUAUUAUUAU